AUGGUGAUGAAGAGAGGUAGAAGGUGCGGCGGCGGCGUUGCAAUAUUAAUAUUAUUAUUGUCGUUGUUAGUUUGUGUUGUGGGUGCCGCGGGGUUCAACUACAGUGAUGCCUUAGACAAGGCUUUGCUGUUCUUGGAGGCCCAAAGGUCCGGAAAAUUGCCACCCGACCAACGCGUCAACUGGCGCUCCCAUUCUGGACUCAAAGAUGGUUUUAGUGAAGGAGUGAAGUUGGUGGGAGGAUAUUAUGAUGCAGGAGAUCAUGUAAAGUUUGGGCUGCCAAUGGCCUUCGCUGCCACUAUGCUUUCAUGGGGAGCUGUGGACUUCAGAAAGGAGACUGUUCAUCUCAACCAGAUGUCCAAUACUUUGGCUGCCAUUAAGUGGGCAACUGAUUACUUCAUUAAAGCUCACACUCAACCUAAUCUUCUCUGGGCACAGGUGGGAGAUGGGGAAUCUGAUCACUAUUGUUGGGAGCGUGCAGAAGAUAUGACAACCCCUAGGACUGCAUACAAGCUUGAUCCCAAGAAUCCAGGAUCGGACCUCGCCGCCGAAACUGCAGCUGCCAUGGCUGCUGCUUCUCUAGCAUUCAAACCUUAUGAUUCUUCCUACUCUUAUCUCCUCUUAGUCCAUGCAAAACAGCUUUUCUCGUUUGCUGAUAGAUUCAGGGGACUGUACGAUGAUGCAAUCCCAAGUGCCCGUCAAUUCUAUACAUCUUCUGGCUAUUCGGAUGAACUGCUUUGGGCAGCGGCCUGGCUGUAUCGUGCAACAAAGGAGGACUACUACCUUAAAUAUGUAGUUGAAAAUGGUGGGUCAUUGGGCGGAACUGGAUGGGCAGUGAGGGAGUUUUCUUGGGACAACAAAUAUGCGGGCGUUCAAGUCCUUCUCUCCAAGAUUUCAUUGCAGCUGCAGCAUAAUAAUGGCGAAGCCCAAACAUAUGCUGCUGCUGCUGCAACAGUAGUACUGAAGCAAUAUCAGGCGAAAGCAGACUACUUCACCUGUGCUUGUCUGCAGAAGAAUGGUGACGCCUACAAUGUAGCCCUCACUCCCGCUGGCCUCAUCUACGUGCGUGAAUGGAACAACAUGCAAUACGUUUCCUCUGCCGCAUUUCUCCUCGCUGUCUACUCUCAAUAUCUAUCUGAGGCCAAAGCUAUUGUAAAAUGCCCUGAAGCCCCUCAAAUCUAUCCUCAACAAAUCCUCAACUUUGCUAAAUCACAGGCCGACUACAUUCUGGGUAACAAUCCAAAAGCCAUUAGUUACCUGGUGGGAUAUGGCCAUAACUAUCCUGCCCACGUUCACCAUAGAGGCGCCUCCAUCUCACCCAUCACGGUUCUCCGCUCCAGCGUUGGAUGCGUGGAGGGGUUCGACAAAUGGUACCGCCGCCCUCAACCAAAUCCAAAUGUCAUAUACGGCGCUCUUGUCGGCGGUCCAACCAACCAGGAUGACUUUACAGAUGAUCGCUCCAACUAUGAACAAACUGAGCCAACAUUGUCCGCCGCUGCACCACUUGUUGGGCUCUUCUCCAAAUUGCACUCUCUCUCUGCACCAUAUGCACCCGCCGGCCCCCCGCCGGUGGCUUCUCAUACCAAACACACACCCCAACCCCAAGAUGUUGUUAAGUUAAUGCACUCCAUCGCUUCUACAUGGACGGUGGGAAAGGAAAGCUAUUACAAGCACAAGGUUGUGAUCAAGAACGUCUCAUUCAAGCCAAUCACCCACUUGAAACUCAGGAUUGAAAACCUUUCUGGGUCUAUAUGGGGGCUCAGACCGUGCCAGCAGCUCAACACCUACGACCUUCCCCAAACAGUACUCAAACCUGGUUCACAACUCAGUUUUUUUUAUAUCCAAGGUGGUGCUCAAGCCAAGAUUUCCGUUCUAAGCUACCAUAUCUAAUUUACUCACCAUCAUUUUGCUCUUGUUUCAUUUCUUUAAUCAACACAAACUUAUUAUUAUUUGUUGUGGUUAAUUUAAUUAAAACAAUC